UGAAAAUUGUAAAUUUUUGGAAAAUACAACUUAUUUCGAAAUUAAGUGGUGUUUAAAAGGGAAAUCUGACAACGUUUUUGCACGUCUUUUUAUCAGCUGGUUCUUGUAUGUUUAUUUAUGUUUUUAAUUGUGGUCCAAAAUGGCAGACGUUAAAUCUUUGGAACAUCCAACUUUAAAGGUCCCCUAUGAGAUACUUAACAAAAAGUUUAGAACAGCGCAAAAAACUUUGGACAGAGAAGUUUCUCAUGUUCAAGCUGCUGCAACAGAGUUGGAAAAAACUCUAUCUGAUGGCGAAGUUAAGGCAAAAGACAUAACAAUGUUACUUGGAGGCAUGGUGGAAAAAUUACAAGUGUUAAAGCGUAAAGCUGAAGAGAGUAUUUCUGAGGAAUUGCAGGCUUCCAGUGUUUGUAAACGUAGGAUAGAGCACCUUAAGGAACAUGCAACAACGGGCACAGGAUUGGCUUCUCAGGGGGCUUUAAACCAGUGGAGAAGGAAAAGAUUGGAUAGGAUGGUUGUUGAGUAUUUUUUGAGGAAUGGUUAUUACAAUGCUGCAAUUACUUUGGCAGAGAAAUCAGAUAUAAAGGAGUAUACUAAUAUUGACAUCUUCCUUGCAUCAAGAGAAGUAGAAAAAUCCCUAGCGAAUCGUGAAACCUCAAAAUGUCUGAUCUGGUGUCACGACAACAAAUCUAAAUUGAGAAAAUUAAAGUCCAAUAUGGAGUUUAAGCUCCGCAUCCAGGAGUUUGUAGAGUUGAUCAGAAAUGACCGCAGGAUGGACGCCAUCAAACAUAGCAGGAAACAUUUUCCUAGUUUUAAGGACGAGCAUUUGAACACAAUACAGCAAGCAAUGGCCCUAUUGGCUUUUCCAGUGACAACAGUUAUAGAACGCUACCGCACCCUGUUCGACGAAACGCGCUGGGACACGCUGAUCGAGGAAUUCCGCGCCGAAAACUACCGGCUCUUCCAGCUAGCUUCGCAAAGCGUGUUCACGGUGGCGCUGCAGGCCGGACUGUCGGCGCUCAAAACGCCGCAGUGCUACAACGAGGAGGCGGACAAGAGCGCGUGCUGUCCCGUGUGCCAGGACUGCCUGAACCAGCUGGCGGCGCCGUUGCCGUUCGCGCACUGCUCGCAGUCCAGGCUCUAUUGUCACAUCACAGGGUUGCCGCUCAACGAGAACAAUCAGCCGCUGAUGUUGCCGAACGGACACAUUUACGGGGAACAAGCUUUGGAGCAAAUGGCCAGGGAAAAUAACGGUUGUGUCAUAUGUCCAAAAACAAAGGAAGUUUUCCCAUUUAAAAAGGUCGAAAAAGUGUUUGUUAUGUAAUUGUGAUACUUUACCUUAUUGUUAGCAGUAGUAUUUAAAAGUACAAUAUUUUGUAUAAGUUUUUUGUAUAUAAUUUAUCAUUAACAGUAAUAUUAAAUAGGCAACUAAUUGUUAAAAAAAUAAGUACCUAUUGUGUUUGAAUAUUAAAUUUAAAUUAUGUUUGGUCGUUUCAGUACAAAACUAUAAGUUUGGAUUAAAUUAAAGUAAGGAAGAAAACAUAAAUGUUUUGAAUAAAAAUGUUUACCUAAUAAAACCAUAUUUAAUUUAA